GGAAGUACGGGCGCGCUUUCCGGUGGCAUGGCGGCUGUCCCCGCAGGGGCCGCGCCGCCAGCCUAGGCUCGGCCUCGUUAAACCCUCGCUAAACGCUUCCUCCGGAGGCAGAGGGGAGCUCGCAGCGCGGCGGGGCGGGCAGCGCCGGUUUGCGGAGCGGCAGCGUCAGGGCGAAGAGGUCUUGGCGAUGCUGAAAAGCUCACAGCCUUUCCUGUUUUCUGCUCUGCCUGCCCACAGUACGCGCUUUUCCCUGCCCCGCUUCCUCCUUCGAGAUCAGAUGAGCCGUUGAUGCUUCGCUGAUCGAUUUUGCUGAGAAAUACACUUAUCGUUUGUAGGCAUGCCUUUACGCUGCAUUUUUAAGGUUUAGUAACACUAUUUUUACAGAUCUGACACCGAUUUAGCCUGCAGAGCAGCGGCCUGAAAAAUACUCACCUGAUCCGACUUGAAAAACAGGAACGGCUUUAGAGGCAGGAGCCAGAAUGUUGAGAAUUACGAGAAAAUUUUUGGUGAACUCACUGAAGUCAUCAAGUUUGUGCAGUGAGCACGUGUAUUUCAGGAAGACAAAAAUGAGAGUGAUAAGUGUGACACAGCAAAACUUCAGUCUAAGAAACUACUGUUCUCCAGCAGGAGAUGUUAAAUCUCUGCGUUCUGUCAUUAAUCCUCAUAUAUCCAGAAUCCGAAACAUUGGCAUUAUGGCUCACAUUGAUGCAGGGAAAACUACAACAACAGAGAGAAUGCUGUAUUAUUCUGGAUACAUAAGAACACUUGGAGAUGUUGAUGAUGGAGACACGGUGACAGAUUUUAUGGUACAAGAGCGAGAACGUGGUAUUACCAUUCAGUCUGCUGCUGUUACAUUUGACUGGAAGGACUACAGAAUCAAUCUGAUUGACACCCCAGGUCAUGUGGAUUUUACAGUGGAAGUUGAGCGUUGCUUGAGGGUCCUGGAUGGAGCAGUAGCGGUGUUUGAUGCUUCAGCUGGUGUUGAGGCCCAAACUCUGACAGUGUGGAGGCAAGCGGACAAACAUCAGAUACCACGAAUUUGUUUUUUGAACAAGAUGGAUAAAAGCAGGGCAAGUUUUACAUAUGCUGUUGAGAGUAUCAAACAAAAGUUGAAGACAAAACCUCUGCUUGUGCAGUUGCCUGUUGGGGAAGCCAAGACCUUCAGAGGACUGGUUGAUGUUGUGACUAAGGAACAAAUAAUUUGGAAACCUACUUCUGAUUUGGAUGAUGGAAAAAAUUUUGAACAAAAGCUGCUUCUGGAGGCUGAUGAUCCCAACCUGUUCCAAGAAGUCCAGGAUGCCAGAAAUACCUUAAUAGAACAAGUUGCAGAUCUGGAUGAUGAAUUUGCUGAACUGGUUCUAGGAGAAUAUAGUGAAAAUUUUGACUUAAUACCGGCUGACAAGUUACGGUCUGCUAUCCGCAGAGUCACACUUGCUCAGAAGGCGGUACCUGUACUCUGUGGAAGUGCACUGAAGAACAAAGGAGUGCAGCCACUACUGGAUGCUACUACUAUGUACUUGCCUGCACCUAAUGAGCGUUCAUAUGAGUUCCUACAGUGGUACAAGGAUGACCUGUGUGCCCUAGCAUUCAAAGUUCUCCAUGAUAAAUGUCGUGGACCACUAGUUUUCAUUCGCGUUUACUCAGGUUCACUGAAACCUCAGUCAGCUGUAUAUAACAUUAACAAAGGUUGCACAGAGAGAAUGAGCCGACUGCUCCUGCCUUUUGCUGAUCAGCAAAUUGAAAUACCAACACUAAUGCCUGGCAACAUUGCCCUUACUGUUGGGUUAAAACAGAGUGCCACUGGAGAUACAAUAGUGUCAUCAAAGGCUUCAGCAGUAGCUGCAGCACGCCGAGCUGGAAGGGAUGCUGAAGGAGCGAAGAUGACUACCAGUGACGUGGAGAGCCUUCUGCUGGCAGGCGUUGAGAUCCCUGACCCUGUCUUCUUCUGUACAAUUGAACCUCCUUCAGUGGCCAAACAACAAGACUUGGAUAAUGCAUUGAGCUGCCUUCAGCGUGAAGAUCCAAGUUUAAAAGUGAAGAUAGAUCCUGACACAGGACAGACUAUUCUUUGUGGCAUGGGAGAACUACACAUAGAGAUCAUUCAUGACCGAAUCAAACGUGAAUAUGGCAUUGAGACAUACUUGGGACCUCUUCAAAUAGCAUACAGAGAAACCAUCCUAAAUGCUGCCCAAGCUACAGACAUAUUAGACAAAACAGUAGGAGAUAAAAGACACUUUGUAACUGCAGAGUUAGAGGUGAGGCCCAGGUUAGGGGAGAGAGCAAUGACAAAACCUGUCAUUGAGUAUGCUGCGAGUGUCAUUGAAGUGCUACACGAAGAACUGCAAGGAGCUGUAGAAAAUGGAAUCACGAAUUCAUGCAUUCAAGGGCCCUUGCUUGGAUCCCCAGUUCAGGGUAUAGAUGUUACAGUACAAUCACUGACGGUGCAUCCUGAGACCUCUCAUACAAUGGUGUCAGCCUGUGUCUCCCGUUGCAUGCAAAAGGCUUUGAAAAAAGCUGGUAUACAAAUACUGGAGCCACUGAUGAACCUAGAAAUCACAGUAAGUGAAGAUCAUCUCAGUGCAGCGCUUGCUGACCUUGCACAGCGGAGAGGUAGUGUUCAGGAAAUCCAGAGUCGUCAAGAUAACAGAGUUGUGGUUGCUGCUGUUCCAUUAGCAGAAAUGAUGGGCUACUCAACAGUUUUGCGUUCUCUAACAUCAGGCUCGGCGACCUUCACUUUGGAGCUUGCUAGUUAUCAAGCUUUGAACAGUCAAGAGCAAAGCGCACUUCUUCAACGGAGGAUGGGGUUGGCAUGAUGGCUUUACUCUGUAGAACAGUAAAGAUAAUUUCUAUCCUCCCUGUUAAGUAUUUUCAGGAGCCUGUUUAGGUACACCAGCACAUUCUUCUGGGACCAGCUGGUUGUGGUAAACGAUGAAUAAGAAGCUGUAUGAGAAGACUGUGCUUUUAACUGUUCAAGGGGAGGUUCCAGAGACUGUUCUUCUAGCACAGCCUUCUAAUUGCAAAGCAGCUGAACCAGAGAUGCAACCACAACUUGGUGCUUUGCAAAUUCUUAUCUUACAGAUCUCUGCAAUGAGAAGUGAUACAAAUCCUUUUCAUACAAGUGAGCAUUAAGUGCACCUUAAUUCCUCUAGUAAGUAAAGUCUGUGAAGUCUAAGUCUAUAAAUGAAAUAACUUUACAGCUUUGGCCAUCUGUAUCUUGGUUUGUUUUCAGCUGAAUAAAAGAAUAUGGUUAAUAAGCAUUUUAAACUGCACAACUACAAGUAUUCUUGUACCAUUAGAAACCAGUUUGAAUCAGAGUUCAGGACUGGGGGUAACUUCUACCUGAGUUUGCUUUAGCAAAUAAGUGGAAUGGAUGCUUCUGUCAACUGAGUAAGAUCUGUGCAAAAAAAAAAAAAAAAUACAAGAAAGGCAGAGUUCUCCCAGGACAGUGAUCCCUACCUUAAAUUAUGUUGAGGGAGGAUUUUUUUUUUGACCUUUAGGCAUGAGUGAUUGAAGUUGUAACAGUUCUAAUUUGCAGUUACUGGGUUACAUAGAAAAGUGACAAAUAAGAUACUCUGAAAUAAAAAGAUCAUUUGCUCUUUA